AUGCGUUUAUUUUGUAUUCCUCUCUUUAGUCAUAAAACUGCAUUCUAUUGCCAACACAUUUCGACACGACAAUCGUAUCUUGCCAAAAUAACAGCCUACACAGCUAAAAAAUGGGAUUCUCUUAAAGACGUUAAGAAAAGUCGUUGGAAAGUGCGACUAUAUGUAGUAGGACAGCAGUUGUUGGAUAAGACUGAUCAUCAAGAAAGUUUCCUCAAGAGCGUGCCCAUUAUGGAAAGAAAGGUUGAGCUGAGAAGCAAUGAAUUGGUUCCGUUUAUUUAUCCUUCAACUGUUAUAUCAGCAAACAAGGCUACAAUGAGUCUUGAUCAGUUGAUCACAGACCGCUUGCCUUAUCAUCGAAAGUAUAUGAUUUAUUCUGCCCUAUGGGUGCCAUUGGCGUGUACUUUUACAAUAGUACCAAUUAUACCAAAUAUACCAUUAUUCUACAACUUAUUCCGCUUAUAUAGUCAUUACAAAGCGUACAAAGGCGCCCAACACCUUCGUUAUAUUCUCGAUACCUCGCGUCUCUCACCUACUGAUUCGGAUGUUUUCAAUAAAAUUUACAGCUCAACUAAUAUCAAAACUCAAAUUCUUGACGACAAUUUAAUAGACAGUAUUGCGAAAGCAAUUGAUAUACCUGGGCUUGCGAUAGAGAUCAAGAGAGCUCGACAGCAGAUAUUAGAAAAGAUAAAAAAGGAGAAUGAGAAAACGAUAACGAGUGAACAAGUGAAUAAACAUAGAAUACAUGUCAAGGCAGCGGAGACCGAUAUAAAAAAAGAAUAG